AUGGUUAUGGGAGAAGAAGUGAUACAAGUGGAGAAGCAGCCUCAGGGGUAUGUGGUGAAGGAUGUCAAAAACAUGGUGACAGUUGACAGAGUUUGGCGGUUGGACGACACGCUACUAGCUGUUCCAAGACCGCUGCUACUGAAAGACUUAUGCUUGUCAUUUGCUUUGUUCAAGUUGCUGCGCUGUCGAUUCGCGAGGUAUAAGCUUGGUAAUGCUGGUUCUAAGGGGGUGACAACUGACUUUUUCUGGGGCUUGUUGAUGAAGGAUGGCGAACAUGUGAGGAUAUUCCAGUUGAUUGCAGAUGAGGUUUCUUUCGUUCAUGAUUACUAUUACUCAUCCCUUCCAAUCUGCUAUGUCAAGCGUUGGCUGCACAUCUGGAGUCUCUGUAUCUCACUCUUGAGCCUAGGUUACUGCAUCGUGGUUGCAUGUUGGCUCGGGUAUGCGAUCUGGCAGGCGGAUUGGGAGGACAUAGUGAGUGCCUCUCAGAUGGAUUGCAUUUACCGGUGCUGGGGAGAUCAUGUGGUAAGCCCUCUGGAGGUUGAAAGCUUUGGAAGCACAUUCUUAGUUGUGGUGCUUCUGUUUCUGAUUGUGACGUUGGUCAUGAUCUCAGAGAUCAGAGACAUAGGCUCUUACAUCUGUUCCAACUGGACAAAAGUAGGGCUCAUCUGCUGGUACGUAAACCAUACCUCUUCGCAGCAUUUUGUACCCGUGCAGAAAUGGGUGGCCCUUUUGCUGCGAUGCAGAUGGAAGCUGAUGAAGCAUUGGAAUGAAAAGAUGGGCCAGUGUUCAGUACUGGUGCUUCAACCAAGAACAGUCACUCCACUCGGACUUCUGAGGCGCGUCCUCCGUUUGCCGGACAAGGAGAGGAGUGUCAGAGUAUCACCAGCGGUGACAGCUUGCAUCAUCGAUGCCCUGAGGAGCCAUAAGAGCACCGGCGCAUCUCUGCGCCGAAGCCGGGUCCAUGAGAACUUCCCCGGGGCCUGCAAUAGCAAAGGCACAUCGGAUGCCAUACUUACAUGGCACAUCGCCACGUGCAUCCUUGAGGCUCGGCACCCAUGCCAGCAUGACCAAGAACAAGAACAAGGCUCUCCGCCGGCUGUAUCCGAUGACAGGAUCACCGCAGUACACCUGUCACGGUACUGCACGUACCUGAUGGCCUGGUAUCCUGAGCUACUUCCUGACGACGUUGCAUGGAGCAAGAGCGUGUACAAGGCCGUCAAGAAGGACGCUGGCCGCGCCCUUGCUGCCAGACGCGCCGCGCCGGGCACGCCAGAGGCCGAGUAUGAGCAGCUGCUGAAAUUGCUGGGUGAGAAUUCAAGGCAUGAGGUGCUCAGGGAUGGUGCAAGGCUGGCAACGGAGUUGGUGGAGUACUUCACUGCCGCAGGCGAAGGCGACGAGGCCACGUGGAAGCUGCUGGCCGGAUUCUGGUCGGAGAUGAUCCUGUACGCCGCGCCGUCGAAGAACGAGAAAGGGCACUCGGAGGCCGUCGCCCGGGGCGGCGAGCUAAUCACGCUCCUCUGGGCGCUGCUCUUCCAUGCUGGGAUCGUAAGCAGGGGCGAAACCGCUGCUACGCCUGCUGGCACUGUUUAA